AGAUUGCAUGGGGGUGUCUCCUCAGUGUGUGGGAAGCCGAAGAUGGUUGGGAAGGUGUUCGGUGGCCAGGAUACAUCUGCUGGCCAGUGGCCAUGGCAGGCCAGCCUGCUGUACCGGGGCUUGCAUCUCUGUGGAGCUGUCCUCAUUGAUUCCCACUGGCUGAUUUCCACGGCCCACUGCUUUCUAAACAAAUCCCAGGCCCCAGGGGACUAUCAGGUUCUGUUGGGGAAUACUCAGCUGUACCAGAGAACACAGCACACUCAGAAGAUAUCUGUGAACCGUAUCAUCAAACACCCAGACUUUGAGAAGUUUCAUUCCUUUGGGAGUGACAUUGCAAUGCUGCAGCUGUGUCUGCCCGUGAACUUCACAUCCUACGUUGUACCUGCCUGCCUCCCACCUAAAGACACACAGCUCCUCAACCACACUUCCUGUUGGAUAACUGGAUGGGGAAUGCUUUCUGAAGACACAAAACUGUUACCACCCUUCUCACUGCAGGAAGGUGAAGUGGGAAUUAUUGAGAACGAGCUUUGUAAUGCCUUAUAUGGGCGAAGACCAGGCCAAAGCAGGGGCUAUGUGCAUGAGGAAAUGCUGUGUGCAGGGGGCCUCUCCACAGGAAAGUCCAUCUGCCGGGGUGAUUCUGGGGGGCCCCUCAUCUGUUACCAAACCAGUGCAUGGGUCCUGGUAGGACUGGCCAGUUGGGGCCUGGAUUGCCGGCGUCCUAUUUACCCCAGCGUCUUCACCAGGGUCACCUACUUCACUGACUGGAUCAGCCAAGUCAAGGGACUCACUCCACUUCCAGAAUCUGAAUCUGUGUCUCCUCACACAGAACUUCAACCCAGGCCUCUGAGAGCUGCUGGCUCCCCACAGCCCUGCAGCAUCCUCAUAGCUGCACAAAUCUGGUUCCUGCUACUAUUUAUCCCUGAGGCUCAAGACCAGGCCCCAGGGUGA